CCAACAUGGCGACCAAAGGUGCCGCACGGCAUGCAGGGAUAUGUAGUUCUUCAUUGGGACAGUAACGCGGGAAACGGGAGGAGUCAGGAUCAUCUGCCUCAUCAACUCCUAGAAACAGGCCCUGCAGAUGGAACCUGUGAGUACCUACCAGAGAACAACCCAGAGGAAUCCCCAGAGAACCUCCCAAAGACCAGCCCAGCAGAAUACCGAGAGGAACCUGUUAGUACCUCCCGGAGACUAGCCCAGUGGAAACCUUAGUGGAACCUCCCAGAGACCAGCUCAGCAGAUGGAACAUGUGACUACCAGUUAGAAAUCAGCCCUGCAGAUGAAACCUGUAUGGAUGCCAAUCUGUUACACAGCAGACAAGGAUCUGAGAGAGAUAGAUACCACGAUGUUCAGAAGACAGUUACUAUUCAGACUCCAGCAAAUCAGCCUCUACUGGCUGCGGAGGACGCUGGACGCGGAGAUGAAGAGGAGGAGGAGGAGGAGGAUAAGGAGGACAACUGGGGUGAAACAACGACGGCGAUGACCUCUGAGCGCAGCGCCUCCCUGGAGGAUUUGACUCCUAAACAAGCAUCACAAGAGCCACAGACCACUAGACUGAGUGCUAGGACUAUGUUGGGAUUCUACAUUUUCUGCAUACUGGCCAUACUCACCCUCCUUACUCCACCAAUAUUUAUCACACUGCCCCAGGUGUUGUGGAGGACUGAGCUAGAACCUUGUGGUGUCAUCUGUGAGGGACUCUAUAUCUCAGUUGCUUUUAAGCUGCUCUUCAUGAUGCUGGGUUCUUGGGCUGUGUUCUUUCGUACCCCGCGAUAUGUGCUACCACGGCUGGUUGAAUUCAGAGCUCUUCUUCUGCUUCUGCUCAGCAUAUUUCUUAUAUCCUAUUGGCUGUUCUAUGCAGUGAGAGUCCUGGGAUCACGAGAAAGGAACCUUCUUAGUGUGGUACAAUAUACAACCUCACUUGUGGAUGCUUUCAUCUUUAUUCACUAUCUGGCCGUGGUUUUGCUUGAGAUAAGACAGUUGCAGCCCUUUUACCACCUCAAGGUUGUGCGAAGCAGUGAUGGAGAGGUCCGCUUCUACACCAUGGGAACAGCCAGUAUACAGAGAGCUGCGCUGUUUGUGUUGGAAAACUACAUGAAAGAUUUCCCUGCCAUGGUUCCAGAGGCACACGCCAGAAUGCCAGAGCCGCGGGAGAAACCCCACAAAGGGGAAAAUGUAGAUGACAAUGACAACAGCACAGCCGGCCAGUCACAAGCCCGCGCCUCAUCCAGCUACUACAAAGAGAGAUAUUAUGAAGAGAUCGAUCACAAGCGCAAGAUCCGCAGACGCCGCGCCAGGCUGGUGGUCGCGGUACACAGUGCGUUCUCUCAGCUACAUCGCCUGGAUGAUGAUCUGAAGUCUCCCCAAGCCGUACACCCAAGGGACGCAGCGCAGAGCGUGUUCCCCCUUAUUGCUCAGAGCCUGCAGCGCUACCUGCGCUCAACGCGCCAAACCCAUCUGUACACCAUGGAGGGGAUCAUACAGCACCUUACACAGUGUCUUACACACAACGUGUCGCCCCAGGCCUUUCUGAAGCAGUACCUGCGGCCUGGGCCCCCCUGUCAGUAUUCUGGUGCCCCCACAUCUCUAUGGACAUUAGUAAGCGAGGAGUCAGUCACAAAAACUCUUCACUCCAGCUUGACAUUCUGCCUCCGCAGCUCGGACACUCAGCUUGUGGUGAGUGUGAGUAGGAUUCCCAGUCUGACACUCAGUGAGUCCUUCAUCCCACCCAACUCUCAUCGCUUUGUUGUGAGAUCAUAUCCUCAGCCGCUGGACUUAUCAACCAUAUCUCCAGCCUGACAUUCCCAAAUCUCCUCCAACCAGACGUCCCAUCUCCCAGGUAUUUUCUGGCCUGGCAUACUCUGCUCCCGGAUCUCCCGCUGCUUGGCAUACUCUGCUCCCGGAUCUCCCGCUGCCUGGCACCUCUGCUCCUGGAUCUCCAGCUGCCUGGCAUACUCUGCUCCUGGAUCUCCUGUAGCCUGGCAUACUCUGCUCCUGGAUCUCCAGCUGCCUGGCAUAUUCUGCUCCUGGAUCUCCUGCAGCCUGGCAUACUCUGCUCCUGGAUCUCCAGCUG